AUUUGAUAAUUUGAUUGGAAAACUAAACCAUCUACAGUGAAAAAUAUACCAGUGAUAUAUCAGAUAAUUUGAUCUUCUAAAUUCCAUUUCUUAGUUUUAAAUAUGUGAUGUAGCCGAGGACAGACUUAUCGUUUUUUAUUCUCGUUUAGAAAUUCUAACUAGAUAUUAGAAAAAUUUAAAACACACGAAAUGGCAAAUACAAUCGUAUUAUGUGAAAAUAAUCAAAGCAUGGAAGAUGAAAAUAAUGAUUUAGAAGAUGGUGAAAUUGAGGAUGAUGACGAUGAUGUUAUUAUUGAAUCAGAAAUACCACCUAAAGAUUCCACAAAUCCUCCUAAAUCCGAGGCAAAAAAUGAUAAUAAAAAAGAGACAGUUAAUUCUGAAGGAAUAGUUAGUGUAGAUCUUUCUAAAAAUGAUAAAGAUAAGGAUAAAGAUUCUCGGAGUAGUCGUAGAGAACGUCGUGCAGAAAGAGCUGACAGACAUAAAUCUAGAAAACGGAAUUCAGCAGAAGCUGAAGAUGAUUGGGCGGGAAACGUCGAAAAAGCUAUUGCAUCAAUAAUAAAAAAGGAAAAGAAAUCAGGAAAGACUGAUGAUGAACUAAGUGAGGAAGAUGAAAGUAGUGAUGAAAAGCGACGAGGUAAAAAACGGCGACGACGUGAAAAAGAACGUAGGAAGAAGCGAAGGAAAUCUGUUGAAGAAAAAGUUCCAGAUAUUCUGCCACCAAGGUAUCCAUCACCUCCAGAAGAUGAAAUUGAUGAAGAUGAAAUGUUGUGUAUUCGUGGUGGAAGUCCAAAACCAGUUGCGGCACCAUUACCAUUAGUACCUCCACCAAUAAUUAUGUCCCCACUUCCAUUCCCCGAAGAUGGACCGUUUGGCCCGAACCAGUUUGAUAUGUAUGAUAGUGGAAGUUCUGAAUAUGAUUCUGACUAUCAAGAUCGAAAACGAUCCUUUGAACGUGACCGUGAUAGAAAACGUGAUCGUGAUAAAAAACGAGAAGGGUCAAGACGAGAUCGGAAAAGCAAAUCAGAUAAAAAUCGUGAACGUCGUCCAGAAAAAAAUCGUCCAGUGCUCCAAGAUUCCAAUAGUAUUUGUCUAUUUUAUAUGCAAGGAAAAUGUCAUAAGGGUGAAGAAUGUCAGUACAGCCAUGCGGCUAUGCCACCCAUGAAAUUAGAGCUAUGCAAAUUUUAUCUAAUGGAUUGUUGUGCGAAACGCGACAAAUGUCUUUACAUGCAUAGCGAGUUUCCUUGUAAAUAUUACCAUACGGGAUUACGCUGUGUUCAAGGUGAACGUGGCCAGUGUAAAUUUGCCCACGGCGGUCCACUCAACGAAAAUUUAAAACAAGUGUUACUAAAGCAUUUAGAAUCAGCUCCAAAAGAAAUUUUAGGUGAUUUUCCACGAUUAAGUCGUGAAGGUGCACAUAGCUUAGUGAAUGCAACACAAAAAAAAUUAAAUCAUGAAUACAAUAAUGAUGGUAACAAUACAAGUAGCAGUACGUCUGGUAUUCCAAGUUUAUUCGAUAUUAACGUUUCUAUACCGAAAGAAUUAGUAUCGAAUUUGAAUGGUACGUGUUAUCAAGAAAAUAAAUGUAAUGAUAAUAAUCAUAAGGGUACAACAAAAUCACCACGUAGUCGACCUUCUCGAUGGGGUAGUGAAAAAGAACAAGUUGAUGUUAGCCAAUUAGUGGCACAAAUGAAUCAACAACAAAGUAAUUAUAAUAAUGUUCCACAAUCGGUGUUCGAUAAUUUGAAUGCACAAGAUCAACAAAAAAUACAAAUGUACAAUAUGAGUUUUAAAUUUCCUGGAUUUUAUUCCGAUAAAGGUGAUCAAGACAUGCGAAUUGUCAGCAACGGCGACGUUGAUAUGCGAGCAUUACCACCAACUUUACCAAAACCAAUAAAUGUGGAUUCAGAUUCACAAAAUAAUGAUACAGAUCACACAAAUCCACCAUCACCGGAAACACAUAGUGAGAAUAAAAUAAGGGAUAAUGUUGAGAAAACUGAAGAAGAAAAAGCUUUAACUGAUCAAGAUAUGCGAUUAUUACCAACAUUGCUACCAGCACCUUUACCAACAGUAACUAAUGAAAACAGUUCACCGAGUACAAUGAAAAAUUAUGUACAGGCUGAAAACCAUGCAGAAAGUGAUAAUGGUUUGGAAGAAGAAAGAGAUUUGGAGAUUGAUGAGCCGCCUGAAGAUGAAAGUCUGAAAAUUGAUAUGAAUGACGAUGAUGAACCUGAAAAUUCGCCGAUUAAACAAGAAAAGAAUGAAACUGAUGAUUUACCAUCAAACUUGCCCUUAAAACAACGUGAAUUGUUUAUGCGAAUAAAAGCUCAACAAAAAGAGAAUUUAUUCAAAGAAGAGAAAAAUGAAUCUGAUGAUGAUAUUGGACAAGAUGAAAAUUGGUAUUCAGAUGAAGAUGAUGAAGAGAAUUCAGCACCUUUAUCCAAUGUACUGAAAAAUUUAGGUAAUAAAGAUAAUAAUGAAACGAAAAAAUCUGAACAAAAAAAUUUAAAAGAUGUGGAUUUACGACCGGCUGAAAUAAAACCAGGUGUUAUUGAACCAUUAACAUUACAGUCGGGUAGUAAUUUAAUGAACAAAUUAAGUGAAUUAUCAAAGGUUGAUAUCUCAGCUGAGGUUACAAAAUUAUUAUCAUUAGUGAAAAACCAAGCAAAUCAAUCUCUUCAACAGAGUACGAAUAGUACAACGAAUUCUUCUACUACAACAACCACCACGCCUUUAUUGGAUCCACGAUCACAAUCAUCACAGGAUCCACGCGAUCCACGACAUCGCGGUAGUUCAAAUACAGAAAAUAAAGCUACAGAUUCGAAAACAACGUCAUCUUCGUCAUCUACAGUAAAUAGUGAUCCACGUAUGAAACGUAAAACUUCCAGUGAUUCCAGAGAAUCAACAACAAAAAUUAUACCGAAAAUUAGUAUUUAUGAGCUAGGAACAAUUGACAGAUCAACUUCACCAACUGAGAAUCGUCAAGAUACGGAUUUAAGAAAUUUAUCAGAUGUUCGUAUGCGUGAUUCUGAUUUACGAGUUAGCAAUUAUGGCGAUACUGAUUUAAGACCUGGUGGUAGGUCUGAUGUAGAUCUAAGACAGUUAAAUCUUCCAUUUAAGCCAAUAGAAAAUUAUGUACCAGCGACUGAAAUUGAAGCUUCCAUUAGUUCACAUCCACCCAUUCCUUAUAGAGUACACGUAUGUUAUAUUCCACGCCCGGAUUAUAGCGGUUUAAAACUUAGUGCAAAAGAUGCUCAGUCUUCGGCAGAUCCCAGAAUACGAAAAAUAUUCCGAUUAUCUACAACACCAAAAGUAAUAAAUGAAAUUGCAUCACCAGAACCAUCAACACCAGCAUCGCCACCAAGUUCGCAGAGUACGCAAUCGAAUCCAAGUAUCUUAUCGCCAAAGAGUUCUGAUCCAAGACGUGCUGAUCCACGAAUGCAACGUAAAUUAAGUAAUACAGAACCUAAGGAUGUUUCACAACCACAACAGCAACAAACGACUUCAAAUAUACCAUUAGAACAAAUGGCGAUGAUAAAUGGAACUAAUUUGGAUUAUAACCAACAAAUGCAGCUACUACAAAAUUCAACAUUCUACCAAGGAUUAAACAAUAAUCAAAAAUUAAUAUUGAAUCAAGCAAUUUCUUCGCAAAAAUCAGAACAAAAUAGUUUACAAAAUGAUCCAAUUUUAGCAGCGGUUCUUGCAAAUCUUGGAUUAACGAAUAAUCCAUUGAAUACAAAUUCAAUUUUAAAUCCAGCAUUAGGUUUAAUGUCUUUAUUAAAUUUAAGUUCAAAUUUAAACACACCAUUAGUUCAACCGUCAUUACUUGGCCCAGGACCCACGCCAUUAAUGGCAAAUCUUGGUGCACUAGGUCCAUCAAAUGAUUUUAAUAUGGGUGGAUUCGGAGUUCCAGGUAAUCAAGGUACUGGAUUAUUAGGACAUUCACCGUAUCAAAAUAAUAUGAGUGGACCACCCGGUAAUGACUUCCAGUUUAAUAAUGAUCAAUUUUUCGGUGGUAUGGAGUUCGGUAAUAAUGGUGGUAAUAAACGUAACGAUCGAGGUUAUCGUGGUGAUAGACAAAAUCGUCGAGGCCGUGGCGGGGGCGGUGGUGGCGGUAAUUGGAAUAGCGGAUCUGGUGGACGACAUGGCGGUAAUAAUCGUGGUAAUUUUCAAUCGCGAAGUGCUCGAUCAAAUAAUCGAACAAACAAUAGAAGUAGAACUCCUCCGUAAAAAGGUUAUAAUUAGAUUUAUAAAUUAUAUAUAUUUUUUUUAAUUUUA